GCUCACGAAACCUCAACAAACUGCAAAGCGUAAUCCCAAUAAAGUAAUCUUCUUUCGAAUACCAGAAGUCAACCUGCAAUCAUGUGGAUUCUCGAUUGGUAAUUUGGGAUGUUCUCUCCUCGCUUGGUCUGAUGAACAAGCAUGCCAAGCUCCUUUUCCUCGGACUUGACAAUGCUGGAAAGACCACGCUUCUUCACAUGCUCAAGAACGACCGUGUUGCCGUUCUCCAGCCAACUCUCCACCCUACCUCAGAGGAGCUCUCGAUAGGCAACGUCAAGUUCACAACCUUCGAUCUCGGAGGUCACGCACAAGCCCGACGACUGUGGCGCGACUACUUCCCCGAAGUGUCCGGUAUCGUCUUCCUCGUCGACGCAAAAGACCACGAGCGCCUCAACGAGUCCAAGGCCGAGCUCGACGCUCUUCUGGCCAUGGAGGAGCUUAAGAACACCCCCUUCGUCAUCCUCGGCAACAAGAUCGAUCACCCCGAGGCUGUAUCGGAGGACCAGCUCCGCGCGACUCUGGGCUUGUACCAGACUACUGGCAAGGGCAAGGUGCCGCUUGAGGGCAUCCGACCCAUUGAGGUCUUCAUGUGCAGUGUUGUCAUGAGGCAGGGAUACGGAGAGGGUAUCAGGUGGUUGAGCCAGUAUGUCUAGAGCACUUUGCACGCUUUGGUCUGGACAUGCGAGCUGCGAAGUGGGUGCGAAAAUGGCAGUUGAUGCAGCAACGAUGUACGAUUGUCUUACGCACCCUAGAUGUUCCGUCACUGGCGUCGGCGUUGGCAAGGGAUAAUUAACAUAUUGCAUACGAGAAA